AAAAAUAGUCUUAUACGUAUUACAACUUUGGGAGCCAUUCUUUGUGAAACACGAAUUCUAAUCUCCGCGUGUUGGAGUGUAAGAAAGAGAGGGAAAAAAGGGAUAGAGAAAGAGUAAGAGAGAGUCUCUAGAUUAGGUGAAACGUGUUAGCGCGGGACGUUGAUCUAACCGGCAUUUUUUCGUAUAAAUUGGAACGAUUUUAUUCCACCGAAUUUGUUUCUUCACCAUUUUUAAUAUAUCCCCGAGGUAUCCAACGCUUAUUCAAAUUCAUCGAUCACAUCUUCGACUCCGAUAUUCGAAGAUCAUUUCUUUUAAAUAUAUUAUUUGGAUAUAAUUUUGGAGUCAUCAAAUAUGGCUUUAAAUCAUCAAGAACAUGAAAUUCCUACCUUCAAGUGCGUCCUUGUUGGUGACGGUGGAACUGGAAAGACAACUUUUGUCAAACGCCAUUUAACCGGUGAAUUUGAAAAAAAAUAUGUUGCAACAUUAGGAGUAGAGGUUCAUCCACUGAUAUUUCACACAAACAGAGGUCCCAUAAGAUUCAAUGUAUGGGAUACAGCUGGUCAAGAGAAGUUUGGCGGUUUGCGAGAUGGAUAUUACAUCCAAGGACAAUGUGCUGUAAUAAUGUUUGAUGUUACGUCUAGGGUGACGUAUAAGAAUGUACCUAACUGGCACAGAGAUUUAGUUAGAGUUUGCGAAAAUAUACCCAUUGUAUUGUGUGGUAACAAGGUUGAUAUUAAGGAUAGGAAAGUAAAGGCUAAAAGCAUCGUCUUCCAUAGGAAGAAGAACCUUCAGUACUAUGAUAUUAGUGCAAAAAGCAAUUACAAUUUUGAGAAACCAUUUUUGUGGUUGGCACGCAAAUUGAUUGGAGAUCCAAAUCUUGAAUUUGUUGCAAUGCCUGCACUUCUUCCUCCAGAAGUUACAAUGGAUCCACAAUGGCAGCAACAAAUUGAAAAGGAUCUUAAGGAAGCGCAAGAAACGGCAUUGCCAGAAGACGAUGAGGAUCUUUAGGUUAUUACACUGUGUGCUUGGUUCUGAUGGAAGAAAGAUUUUGCGAGUGUACCUUGAGUACUAUGCAGCUUGGGCGUUUUACAUAUAUGAAGAUUUAAAACAAAACAAAAAUAAUGAUAUCUGCAUGCAGAGCUUAAUUUGAUACCUAAUGCAAAUCACCAGAAAUACUUCUGUGACUUCAUAUACCAGAAAUAUUGCCUUAAAGGGGGAGAUACUAAUAAAUUAUUAUAAUUUCUUACACAUCCAUGCACAUAUUACUACAUGUGUAUAUGAAAUAUCAAAGAAUAUGAUUUUAUAUAAUAUAACACUAGUUACAAAUUUCUAUAAGUGUAUCUUGUCAUUCCUUUAUAACUUCCAUUACAAAGAACUACUGUAAAAUUUCUAAUGAAAGCAAAUCUUUAAUUGUGAGAAGUAUUUUGAAGGGAUAUACAUAAAACACACGUAAAUGUUUAAAAAAAUUAGUUGUAUAUCUUAUAUACUUAUUACCCUAUUAUUAUCAUCUAAUAUAUAUAAUAUAUAUUUAUAUAUAUAAUAUCAGAAUACGCGUUAAACCGAAGUUUCAAAUUAGAACCCACUUUAAGGCAUACUUAAAACAUUCAUUCAAUCUGCUAAUUAUAUUGUUGCAACAUCCUUGUUAUGAAAUACGAAAGAUGAACUGCCAGUUUUCUAAAUGAAUGUAUGUGUUGAUAGCGAAUGCUCGGCUGCAAAGAUGUGUACUUGUAAUUUUUCUGAAGUGUGCAAACUUCUUACAUGAGAUGUUUAUAUGCUCGAGAGAAAUCGCAGGUAAAAUAAUGGAAGUAGAAUAAAUUUUGGUCAAUGUAGUUAAUCUAACUUCAAUCAAAUUUUUUUUUCUCUUUUUUUUUUGUUGUAAAAUGUUGGAUAAUAUCAAACACUAAAUAAUAAAAGAUGAUUAAGUUUUAGUCAUUCUUGUUAAUAAUUUGUAAUUACGUUAUUAGUAGUGUGUACGAUAUCUUAUUAAAAUGAAAGUUAUAUUAAAUAUCAUUUGCAAUGAUUCAAGAUUAAACUAAAAUUAAUUAAUAAUUAGGAAUGAUAAUGUCUCGAAAAUAUUUCAUUCGUUUAUUCAAAAGUGUUUGUUUGGUAUUAUCAAGCAUUUUAAAAAAAAAUAAUAUUUGAAAACUGUUUCAAGUAUGAUGUCACAUCGCAAUAGGAAAAAUAUUUAAACAGGAAUGAAACAGUUCGUGUCUGCUCGCGUUAACGAGGAUCGUUUACUAUUUUUGUAAGAGAAGGUGAAUGUAUGAUUUGUUCAACUUAAAUUAUAUAAACAGUGUUUUCCUUUUCUACGUA